AGUACGCCUGUGCCGAGUCAGGAGCGGACAGCUCCGGUGCUGAUGUUGGAGCGGGCUACAGAGCCCCACGCGUUUGGAGUGUUGCCGGGAGCGCGCGGGCUGUGCACGCUUGACCAGACGCCCGGAGCAGCGCUGUCCUAGCAAGAGAGAAAGGACAUUUGCCUACAAUGAGACACGAGGCGCCCAUGCAGAUGGCCUCUGCACAAGACGCCAGGUUUGGCCAGAAGGACUCCUCUUCUGACCAGAACUUCGACUACAUGUUCAAGUUGCUGAUCAUUGGCAAUAGCAGUGUGGGAAAAACAUCUUUCCUGUUCCGCUACGCGGACGACUCCUUUACAUCUGCGUUCGUCAGCACAGUCGGCAUCGAUUUCAAAGUAAAAACUGUCUUCAAAAAUGAAAAGAGAAUCAAGCUUCAGAUUUGGGACACAGCAGGCCAGGAAAGAUACAGGACCAUCACCACAGCCUAUUAUCGAGGAGCCAUGGGCUUCAUUUUAAUGUAUGACAUCACCAAUGAAGAAUCCUUCAAUGCCGUACAAGAUUGGUCAACUCAGAUCAAAACAUACUCGUGGGAUAAUGCCCAGGUUAUCCUGGUUGGAAACAAGUGUGACAUGGAAGACGAACGGAUCAUCUCAACUGAGAGAGGCCAGCAUUUAGGAGAACAGCUUGGGUUUGAGUUUUUUGAAACCAGCGCCAAGGAUAACGUGAACGUGAAGCAAACCUUCGAGCGCCUUGUGGACAUCAUCUGUGACAAAAUGUCUGAGAGCCUGGAGACCGACCCAGCCAUCACCGCCGCGAAGCAGAGCACCACGAGACUCAAGGAAACGCCUCCCCCACCACAGCCCAACUGUGGCUGCUAAUGUCCCCUACACAGGAGCUCCGAGGGGCUCCAGGGCGGCCAGGAAAUAGCAUUUAUAAAUGGUCUAGUAGCCUCCACUUAUACUGCCUAACAAUUAUUUGAAGGAAGUCUUUGAUGUCAGUGGCCCAUAUAUGCAUUCAAACCUUGAGCAGUUUUCCCGUGUUAGUACGUGGCAAACUCGACCUUGCGUUUGUAAGGGUCGUUCAUCUAUAAACACCUGGUACUUGCAUGUAACUCGUUAUUUAUUUGACUUCUAGGAUUUCUUUUGCAAUUUUUUUUCUCGGUUAAGCUAUUGCUGAAACCUCAGACUAUAAUUUCACGGCAAACAACUUUUGCGCCCUAGAUUCAAAUCAUGCUUUUCAUCUGUGUGGAUGAUGACCUAGGGACCCCUUGUGUGCAUCCACUGUGAGCAGGGGGAGACAUCAGGAAACUUAGUCUGGCUAAAAAGGAAGUGGGACUUUUGCUCUUGAUUGGAGACCCUAACAGAGGUCUGAGCAUUUACUAUUAGGAUUGCACUUUCAUUAAUAAUAAUUGAAGGAUGUAUUGCCUCUUUAAAAAAAAAAAUGAAGGGAGUGAGUCCAAUGGUGCUUGGGAGGCUGAGGCAGAAGGAUGAGUUAAUGUAGGCCUGAGCUACAAACCAUAAAAUUCUUAUUAUGGGGGAAAAAAAAGGAGAAAAGAAAAUGAAAUUGAAGUGUUUCCACGGCCCUUGUAAGUUUUCUAAGUCAGUAGUAUCCAUGUGACUGAAUCCAGACAAAGAGGAAUCGAGGUCCCUACCCCAGGACUUAGCUUCCCACUAAUUCUGCCCACAUCUGCCUGUGUGAGAGCCAUGACCAUGAGGAGACUUCUACUUAAUGCCAGUUAAGUAACAAGCGUAGUGACCAGGAAGGCCAGUGCCAUGAGCAGCCAUAGAUAUCCAUGGGCUGAGUGGCCGCCUCCACCCCUUAAUAGCCUGCCCCAUCCCACCAUGGCUCUCUGGAGUCAGCACCAGUUCUAAAAGGAAGAUUGGCUUGAUGUUCUGUCAGGGCUCCUCUUCUCAGACAAGGUAGACCGACUUCCCAACCACUGUUCUCUGCUCUAACUUCAGCCAAGCUUUUCCACCUAUCUAGAUGGCAAUCGGGUAACCUUCCCGGGAGUCCCACAUGGAGGAAAAGAUCCCUUUUAUUGCUGUGUUUUUCAGAGGAUUUAAGCAUGUUCUCAUCACAUACGCCUCUAACCAUGCUCAGGUUACACAGAACAUUCCAGGGUGGAGUGAGACAGAAAACUGAAGCACCAUGGCAGUUGGAGAGAGGGAAAGGCCACUUGAACAUCUAGUCUUUUCUGCAGGUUUUCUGAAGACCAUAUGGAAAUAAUACACUCAUCAAUUUGUUACUCUCUCACCCUCUGUGUCGACUGUAGGAAGUCUCCACCUUCCAGAAGUAUUUGUGGCUAGGAUCUUCUGAAGACACCAGGCGGCCCAGAUAGAAGGACAGGACAGUUUCAUUAGGUGGACUUUUUCCUUUUGGGUGGUUGUGUAAAAGAUCCAUACACACACACACACACCUUUAAAAACAGAAAGAUAGCUUAUGAAAGUGUUUAACUCAAGCUUGCCGGGCAAGGCUGUUGACAGGACAGUCUGUGCAUGGUUUCUUUUUGUCUGCUUGGUUUCAAACUCACACAUCAGUGGUAAGUUUCCACUUUGACACCCAGAGGGGCAAGCCUUGGCUCACCAAAGAUCAGAAAACACUAAUGUCUUAUUAACUUUUAUUGACACCUAGAUUUAAGGAUCAUAGAAAUUAACGUGAAGGGAAAGAGAGAAGCAGAGGGCAUGAAGUAGGAUUUCUUUGCAGUAGUUACGUAUUCAUAUGCCAUUGGUCUAUUUCUAUGCCCUGGGUCAGAAUGUGAUCAUGUUGAAUACUAUAGCUAUCAAACUCAUCUUUUAAUCUAAUGCAAAACAAUGAAGCCAGGAAACCUGAGCCUCCUUCCUUGCAUGCAUACAAAGAGGUAAAAGAUCCCACUUUUUGGGUGCUUUAAAUGGCUUCUUCAGAAGGACAUUAUGUGCGUUAUAAACUGAGAGCGGAAAGAGGGAAAGGGAAGCAAUCACAUUUGCUUAUCUAAAACUUCCCUGAAGAGCUGAAGAUUGACUGAUCUAAGCCAAGUGCCCACUCACACACUCUGUCAGGAACCCCAAAGUUAGACCACUAUGUCAGUAGACGGAGGGGCAACGCUAGCAUCAUUGCCCCCAAAACAGUUCAUGAUUCUUACUUCCCAAAUUCCCAUGGAAACACAGUCUUCCCCACUGAGUAUAAGUUAUGAAAUUCUCCUCCUGCUGUGUGUUUCAUUCCAAACAAUUCAGUAAAGCUUUCCAGAGAGACUUGUCACUAAGAUAGAAGAAAAGGCUGCCCCGUUCUUCCCACGACACAGGAAGAGAGAAGAGUCUCUGUUCCUAAUGUCAUCAAGAUAUCUUUGUUGUAAAAUCAAAUUUGGCAAAUGGAAACCAGAUAGCUGAUCAUCUAUAAGCCUUGAGCUAUAUCUCUUAUAAAUUCUAAUACUUUAAUCCUGAGGUUUUUCCAUCUUUGGCCACUAUCCACAUUUGUACAAAUAUACACUACAUCUCUUCCCAGCAAUGUAAAUAUGAAUAGGUCCUUCUGACUAAUGACCUGGCUAAAUUUGUACCUAAAAAGAUGUUUAAAAACCAUAUAGUUGCUCUUGUUUGUAGGUCUUGGACAUCAUUUCUUCUCUCUGAUUCAGUUAAGCUAGGAUUAAGUGUGUCCUCCCCGUCCCCGAUUGUCACCUGGGCACUCUUGCCCAUUCAACUGCUUUUUGGACUGAACCCCAACUAUUUGAGGAAAAUACCCCUUCCCAGGACACUGGUGUUGAUUCAUCUCUUUCCUGUCUUAAUACAACUUAGUAGUUUUGCCUGAGCAGCCACCUUAAAGUAAGAAUAGAUGUGGGAGGUUCAUGAGCUGUCCUCAGCCCCAGAAAGGCAAGUUAACCAUAAGCAUCACUUCCAUGGGCUCCGGGGAAGAACUGACUUAGAACAAUGGCAGGGUUCCCGGUUGUUUCCCUGUUCAAACAGCACCUACUGCCAUCAUGAGCUUCUAAUGCCUACAAGGAGCAAGAGGUUUGUGAAGGUCCUCCUUAGGGCCACUUCAGGUUUAACACUGCUCACCGACAGGUACGUUAGUGCUGAAGUUUGUAUUAGAAAAGGACCUAUUAUGCUUCAGUUGUACUGAUAAACGGGAAAUAUAAAUUCUCCAAAACCGCAGCUGAAGUUACGCAAGUCGUCAGUGUGCUCAAUUAGAAAUGUCUUUAUCUCAUUUAUUUCACUUUUAUCCAGAUUUAUUUAUUCAACACAUUUAUCAUUUUUUUCCAGGAGCCAACUUGAGCUUCUAAUUUUAAUUGUGUCUGUGACAGCAGUAAUUUUAAAGUAUAUGGCAUUCCACUAUUAACUGAACUCCCACUAAACAACAUUAACUUUGGAGUGAUGUGUUACAUGCUUUAUCUGUCAGAGCGGGUAGUUAAGUUUGUCCUUUGGUCUGUUUUUAGUUACUUCUGUGGCAUUUGAAAGGCUGUAUUAAAAACAUAUCUAAAUUCUAUCAAGCUUCACCAAGCCAAGAUAGAAGGUGCAUGUGGUAAUGGUUACAAGAAGGAGCUUACAAACACUAUCAAGACGAUCCUAGACCAAAAAGUUUAUGUUUGUUACUAAUCUUCAUCGUAAUGUUAGACCAAUCAAUCAGGUAUCUUUGGUGUCCUUGCAAGCUGGCCCAUCUGUCUGGAGAACUGUCUUUGUCUAAAUUUUGGUCUUCAUGACAGACCCUGGGGACUUCCUUUGUGGGUACAUUUCAGUGUGGUAUGUUGGGAUGCUAGGUGAGCACUAGACCCUGCAGGCCUUUCUGCUCCCUCUGAAUGGUCCAUGGUCCACAGCUCUGCUUGUUAGUGGAUGUUACCUGCCCCUUAGUUGUGUGCCGGUGGAAUGGAGAAGUCUUCUAGGUAUGCCAAUCCUUUAAAUACUCAAACCAGCUUUUCGGAGUUAUUUAUAUUUUAGGUGACAAUUUUUUCUAGAAACCAGUUAAGACAUAAACCUGUUUUACACCCUUGAGUUUAAUUAUGACAAAUUAGGUAAAAGAUAAAUUUGGAUAAAGUGUAUGAACAGAUGGGGGAAAAAACUUCACCUCUAUACAGCACCUAAAGGGCUCUUGAUUCAAGACGUAUAGUACCCCCUAAGGCGGGGGGGGGGAAUAAAUUGCGAUGAUUUAUAUAAAAUUUGCCUACAUAUUGUUAGUGGUAUUUCAUAAAUAUAUUUUUAAACCAUUCUAGAAAUGCUUGGCACUCCCAUAAAAAAAAUCUUCCUAGAGUUUAUUGACAUAUUUACAGUUGGGACACACUCAGCCACUGCCCCUCUCAUGACACACUUGCAAACACUGACGCUUUUUCUGGUGAAGAGAAGACUCUCCAUCGAUGGCACUUUCUCUGUUCUGAGAAAAGGGAGCAUUUUGCUACGCACCGUCUGCCACUCAUAUUGUACUUCAAAGUUCAAUGAAAUAGAUUCUUCGUGUGGAUUUUCUUAGUCUGCGGCCAGGUCUUCUAAAGCAGAGAGGGUAGGAAGAAAGGGUAUUUUUGCAAAACAUUGGAGGUAACAGAAAUAAAUUGUUUCAAGACUGCACCUGGAUUAGAAUAUUAAGACUAGAUCAUGUAGCUAAGGACAUAUUAGACUUCAUCAUUGCAUGAUCCUUUUAUACUUCCCGAUUUAUAAAAAAAAAAAUGUAGCCAAUUUUAAAAGAACUCUCCUUUCAGAAUAGCAUCAAGUCUCACCACCAAUUUCCCCUCAGCAAUUAUUAUUGGUGGACUUUCCAUCAGCAAUCAGCUGCUGAAAUAAACCUGUGGACUACCUGUGGAUUUCAUUCGCUUGUGUUCAUUUCUCUUUCAUUGUGGACAACUGAGAGUUGCUGUAGCGUUUUUAUGUAUGGAAAUAUCACCACAUUCCUGUCACAUGUGGCUAAGGAUGGCUGAGGCUCAUGAGUGCUGUUCUCAUAGACACGGGUGGUACAUGAGCCGUGUGUCUACUUGGGUGUCAGGGAUGUAAGCAUGACCUGUAUCUUACCAGUGAAGCUUGAGGAUUGUCUGAUGUAUCCAUAGGAUUAAUCUUCCAUGCAUUGUUCUGUCAUCCCUAGAAAGCAUGAUGAAUGGGAACUGUCCUGUAAUUCCUGUUAAUAUAUUGUGAAUGUCAGAUGUGACGUGGUGCCAUUGGACUGUCCAGAUGUACAACUACCUACUGGUGUCUGUAGAACUGAAAUGUCGUAAAUGUUGCAUGACGUAUGUUCUAAAAAUAGAUUUGUUUUCUAUUUUUCAACACCUCAGAAAUUGAGGGUUCAUGGGCCAAUAAGUGCAAUAUUUAAGACUUACUCAGUGUAUAUAAACUAGCGUGCAAGUGAAUUACAAUGCGUGUGUGAGCUGCUCUGAUAGCCGUGUGCUUAUUUAAAUGAUUUCUUGUAGUAGUGUCUGUCUAGUGGUGCAAUUUAUACAGUAAGCAUUUGUCUGACGCCAUGGGAAUCUCCUCUGUGCCUACUUAGAAGUACAUUUUUCCCAUUUAUAAACAAAACAUUUAGUACCUGAAAACGUAUGUCAGUUUUGCCUUUUAGAAUUGUGGGUUUUGUUUCCAAGAAAGAAUGACUGAGAGUUUGUUUUAUAAAGUAUUCACCUCUAUAGCUCAGAAUUGCCCCUGAUCUUCGUACAAGAGUGUCUCAAGCAGCUAAUUUAGAUACCUAAGAGGAAUAUGCAGAUCCAGAAGCCACCUUUUCUCCUCUGAAAAGUUGAUCGCGCGCUCUGUCUAGGGAGAUGCUCCACUCUUGUAUUGUAUAUAAAUAUCUUAUUGUUACUUAAUCUUGUUCUUCGUUUGCAAGCUCAGCAAUGUCAGCCUUGGGAUCUCUUAGCCUUAUCUUUGAGUGUCUUUUUAGUUUGUAGAUAAUGUUAUAGCCACUUUCAACUCUCAAUUGUCCACAAUGCUGAUAGAUUUAAAAAAAAGAAAAAUUAAUCAAAAUCCUUAACCCUUUGGAUGUUUUUACACACACAAUUAAAGCUCUAUGCUCAGAACCAUACUUACUGUCUUGGAAUUUCCUAGGGGUGUGCCCAGAGUUAAGAUAGAUCACCACUUUAAAUUCCUAUUUGCUGUAUCAAUUAUUAAGGUAAAGCCCAAUUUUAUCAGUCUUCCUUUUCUUUCAUGUAUGUAGCAAGUCGUCUACCUUAUGAUUGAGUCACUGAAAUCAACGGAGUGCAGUUGGUUCUAGAGGCCAUUGCUAUAUGCACACAGUAAGCAUUCCGUUCUCUCGAUGACAUCUGACCAGAGGCUGACUUGUGAGGAGUGUCAAUCGUAUUAAGCGAUGUUGAGUUGUGUGGGCAAUAUGUGGCCCAGAUGUCACUGUGCCAGGUAGGAAGCUGUGCUCAUCUCUCAGAACUCACUGCAGAAUUGACAUAACAGCAGUGGGUUGGAGAUGACGCUAACAAAGACUUGGUGCCAAAUUAAAAAGAAAAUAAAAGAGGAAGCGGGUAGCUGACCACAGAAUGGUACUUUAUGAGUGUGGCUACGUGUUUCAUUUGUUGUCACAUGGUCAGCACUGGGAGAAUCCAACGUGGAAGAAGUGUGACAAAAGUAAACGGUGUAAUAUAAAUGGUAGAUUAUGGUAACAUAUAGGAGCAAAAAAAGGGAGACUUAUAAUAACUAGAAAAGUCAAGAGUGACUCCUCUGAAGGGUCAUGACCCAGGAAUUAGGUGGUGAGGAGACCGUGCCAUGCAUGCCAAUGCACAAGAGUGUUCCCUGGGAGUAGAAAGAUGACAGAGUUCACAGCCCCGGAGAUUGAUACUGACAAACUGCCCAACUUAGCGCGCUGCAUUCUGAUCUCCGUGGAGAAGGCAAGCGGCUACAUCGUUGUAUUCCCCUGCACUGAGCAGCCUCAGCUCAGCCACAAGACACGAAUUCCUUUCAAGCCACUUUAGACAGUUAAUUUAGACAUUUGCCAAUGAACCAGACCACAAGGCACUGCCUAACCCAACGUCCCCCAGGCAGAUAUAUAUUCAGGUUUUUCUGUAGCUCUGGUUUUGUUUAAGGGCAUUAGACAAUGCACAAGGAAAGACUCUCCUUUGUGACCGGGUACUCUGGUUUCCUUCUUGGCGAUGACACUGUGGAACUCUUCUCGAGACAGUAUUUAAUGCUUUCCUACAGUGGUUGUGGUGUUUAGUCGAAAACUAAUUGCUGCAUAGCAAGUAUCGUGAAUCCUCCCGUGUCCACAGAAGCUCUCGUCUGAGUUUAAAGCUAUAAAGCGUAUUCACAUUGUGAAAUUAUUAUUAUUAUCAUUACUGAAAUUAAUUGUGUAAAAAUGGUACGUGCUCUGUUAGGUAUCUAGUUUAUGUGUGAAUUCUGUAUGGAAAGUGGUUUUGUUCUCUGAGUUGAUCUUGUUUUAUUUUUUGAAGAUUACAAUAAAUAUCUAAGAGACUAUA